GUUCAGAAGACUCGCUCAAAAGGAAACAAAUCGCUCGCGACUCACCCAUCACACCUUCGUCACGUUUCGCUUUAUUAUUCUGAAAUUAUACGCACACCGGCUAAUUUUGGACAAAAUAACUUCUCGUACAGGGCUGUGUAUAUAAAUCUAACGUGAUGACACGUUAAAAAGAAUAUAACAAGAAAUACAACAACAACAAACUGAACCGACAGCAGCCACCUUUCUAAAAGCUGCUGAACCGGUUGGACGACUCGAGAUCCCGGAAGAGAGCGAGAGAGCAAGCGAGGGAUGGAAGUCUUUUAUUUGUCUUCUGGUGGUUUACGAUAAAAAAUCUGACAUUACCAAUUUUUGAAAUCAUUUUUUAUAAACGUGAGCAGAAUGGCCGCAUCUGCGAUCUUCAUCCUGGACCUGAAGGGAAAGGUGCUUAUAUGCCGGAAUUACAUGGGCAGUGUUAACAUGAGUGAGAUCGACCACCUAAUGCCUAUCAUGAUGAAGAGGGAGGAAGAGGCUGAAUUGUCACCUCUACUGAGUCACGGCUCCACCCACUUCCUGUACAUCAAACACAACAACCUCUACUUGGUAGCAAUGACUAAGAAGAAUACAAAUGCUGCUCUUGUCUAUUCCUUCCUGUACAAGAUAGUGGAGAUUUUCACAGAGUAUUUUAAGGUUCUGGAGGAGGAGAGCAUACGCGACAACUUUGUGACCGUCUACGAGCUGAUGGAUGAGGUCAUGGAUUUUGGUUUCCCUCAGACCACAGACAGCAAGAUCUUACUGGAGUACAUCACUCAACAAGGGCAUAAACUGGAGGUGGGUGCACCACGCCCCCCAGCAACUGUUACCAAUGCUGUGUCCUGGAGGUCAGAGGGCAUCAAAUACAGGAAAAAUGAAGUGUUCAUGGAUGUCAUCGAGUCUGUCAACCUACUGGUCAGUGCUACAGGCAGCGUCCUGCGCAGUGAGAUUCUGGGCUGCAUCAAACUGAAGGUUGUUCUCUCUGGAAUGCCAGAGCUGAGGUUAGGCCUCAAUGACAAAGUGCUCUUCGAAAUCACAGGCAGGGAGAAGAGCAAGUCUGUGGAGUUGGAGGAUGUGAAGUUUCAUCAGUGUGUGCGUCUCUCUCGCUUUGAGAACGACCGAACCAUCUCCUUCAUUCCUCCUGAUGGAGACAGUGAGCUCAUGUCUUACCGCCUUAAUACCACCGUGAAACCCCUCAUAUGGAUUGAAAGUGUGAUUGAGAAAUUUUCCCAUAGCCGUGUAGAGAUCAAAGUUAAGGCUCGUAGCCAGUUUAAAAGCCGCUCCACUGCCAACAACGUGGUUAUCCUGGUGCCCGUGCCCAGUGACGCUGACUCACCCAAAUUUAAGACCAGCACAGGCCAGGCCAAGUGGGUACCUGAGAAGAGUGCCGUGGAGUGGACCAUCAAAUCCUUCCCAGGAGGGAAGGAGUUCAUAAUGAGAGCUCAUUUUGGACUGCCGAGCGUAGAGAGUGAUGAACAAGAGGCGAAGAGGCCAAUCACAGUGAAGUUUGAGAUCCCUUAUUUCACAGUGUCCGGUAUUCAGGUCCGAUACCUGAAGAUCAUUGAGAAGAGCGGCUAUCAGGCAUUACCAUGGGUGCGAUAUAUUACACAGAGUGGAGAUUAUCAGCUAAGGACAAACUGAAGGGACUUUUCAGAGUGCAGCUUUGCACAGGAAGUGCUGACCUUCUGUCCGCCUCUUCUCUGAGGAAGAGAGACGAAGACAGCGGUCUCACACAACAGUCAAGCAGAUACAGCCUAUUUCUAUUAUGCUUUGUGUGUGUGUGUGUGUGUGUGUGUUUCUCAGGUAUGUGAGGGUGUUAAAAUGUGUUAGGAAAUCAAAAUUAACAAAAUAGUCCAGCUGAUAUUAUUCUCGUGGAUUUGGACAGAUGGUGUUUUAUAUUUACUUUGUUAAUAAACAUUGUCUGUUAUGG